CUUUUUUUUGAAGUAUCCAAAUGCUUUUUGGUUGCAAAAUAGGUGUUCUGUUUGGGUUUUGGCUUUGUCUUUAAAGUUUUGUUUCUCCAACAACAGUUGCUAGCCUGUUCGUAUGCAGGCUAUGAAUGCAUUUCUGCACUAAAAUCAUGAGAUGGAAGCUGUGCAUGUAUGCAUAUUUGCACCACACUUGCACAAAGAAAUGAAUGGUACUAACAAAAAAUAAGCAUUUAAGGGACACAAUACGUUGCAUGAAAGAUCUUCGACAUGCUGUGCAAUAUAGUCACUCUAAAGAUGAUUAACCUGUGCAGCCAUCCAUUUUUUAUAGCAUUCAAGGUAAUGGAGACAGACUUUAUUAAUAAAGCAUGGCCCAGAAACUGAUACACUUGGUAAAAUUUCCACAGAACUUCAUGGAGUGUUAUUUAAUCUGUAGCAGGCUGUGAAUUGAUUUCCAUUUAAAUAUGAACGUAUUGUUAACGUAGCUAUGUUUGAGUAGUUCAAGAAAAAUCUACAUUGGUUCAUUGCAUUGUCUUUAAUUCCAACUUCUGAGACGGGUGUCUUCUCAAAGGUUGAUGUAUCGCGUAUCUAAGACACACGAUAUGCGUUAUACACGUGAUCACGUGACCUGUGCCGUCAACAAUAAAGUAGGAAGAGACACUGCUGAUGUCAUUGUGAGGAGGAGAGCGAUAGAGAAAGAUGGCGUUUAUAGCCAAGACUUUUUAUGAUCUGCGUGCGACUAAGCUGGAAGGGGAAACGGUAGAUUUCAAUAUCUUCAGAGGAAGAGUGGUGUUAAUUGAAAAUGUGGCGUCACUUUGAGGGACGACCACCCGGGACUAUAACCAGCUUAAUGAGCUCCAGAGCAGGUACCCUCACCGGCUUGUGGUCCUGGCCUUUCCCUGCAACCAGUUUGGAUACCAGGAGAACUGUUCUGAUGCUGAAAUUCUUAAUUCCUUGAAAUAUGUGCGUCCAGGUGAAGGGUACAAGCCUGCAUUCACCAUAUUUCAGAAGUGCGUUGUUAAUGGGAGUGAUACGCAUCCCGUCUUUUCUUACUUGAAAGACAAGCUUCCGUACCCAGACGAUGACCCUAUGUCAUUCAUGCAGGACCCCAAAUAUCUUGUCUGGAAUCCCAUCAGUCGGAAUGAUAUUUCAUGGAAUUUUGAAAAAUUUCUAAUUGGACCGGAGGGUGAGCCCUUCAAGAGAUACAGCAAAACGUUUCAGACUAUCGAUAUCGAACCGGACAUUCAACGACUCCUAAAGCUGACUAAGAACUAAUCGAACUUAAGUGAAUCGUGUUUCACGUUCGGGCACGUGUUGACUCAUUGUGACGAUACUGGCAGUGACGGUAACGUUCAUGUUAGCACACGUUGUGGCAUCAUCUUAGUUUCUUUUAUAUUACUUAAUGAGAGUGAGGCGCCAAAAUGUGACAGGGUUUCACUUGAGAUUGUAAAUAUGAAAGGAUUACAGACGGUGCCAUUAACAAAACCUCUACAAUGGAAUGACCUUAAUAAAAUAUUG